AUCGUCCAAUCAUCACUGACAGCACCACUCGCAUUCCGCCAAUAUCACCUUCUCUUCUUCAAGUUUCUUGGGAACCACCCAAUCACUGCUCACUACGCCGAGCAAUGUCGGGAGCAUCUGAGAAGCGCCUCAUCACCACCGCCACAAGGAGGGUGGCGUCCGUCGCCAAUCACCUCCUGCCGCCGCAACCACCUCCCUGCUCUCUCCCCUCAAUUGGCUCGUCGACUUGCAGCUCGUCCAUGAACGACAGCUACCACAGAGUUCACGGCGAAGUCCCCGCUCACGUGCCUGCUUGGAGAUUGGUCCCUUCCGAUGACUCCGGCAAGGACUUCACUGAUAUCAUUUACGAGAAAGCCGCCGGAGAAGCCAUUGCUAAGAUAACCAUUAAUAGACCAGAGAGAAGGAAUGCUUUCAGGCCUCAUACAAUUAAGGAACUUAUUCGUGCAUUUAAUGAUGCCAGGGAUGAUGGUUCUGUGGGGGUCAUCAUUCUCACAGGGAAGGGGACUAAGGCAUUCUGUAGCGGUGGUGAUCAGGCAUUAAGAAACAAGGAUGGCUAUGUAGAUUAUGAAAAUUUUGGCCGUCUCAAUGUUUUGGAUUUACAAGUUCAAAUUCGCCGUCUUCCAAAACCAGUAAUAGCAAUGGUUGCAGGUUAUGCUGUUGGGGGAGGGCAUGUGUUGCACAUGGUUUGCGAUCUGACGAUUGCAGCAGAUAAUGCUAUAUUUGGUCAGACCGGUCCAAAGGUAGGGAGCUUCGACGCUGGUUAUGGAAGUUCCAUAAUGUCCCGUUUGGUUGGUCCGAAGAAGGCUCGUGAAAUGUGGUUUUUGACAAGGUUUUAUACCGCUUCUGAUGCAGAGAAAAUGGGACUUGUAAACACUGUUGUCCCGUUGGAGAACCUGGAACAAGAAACCAUCAAAUGGUGUCGAGAGAUCCUAAGAAACAGCCCAACUGCAAUACGGGUGCUUAAAUCAGCUCUCAAUGCUGUCGACGAUGGGCAUGCUGGACUUCAGGGGUUGGGAGGGGAUGCAACCCUACUAUUUUAUGGAACUGAUGAAGGCAAUGAGGGGAAGAAUGCUUAUGUGCAGCGCAGACCACCAGAUUUCUCUAAAUUUCCCAGAUUACCUUAGUGUCCUAAUUUCUGUAUGGUGAAAAUAAAUUCUGUAUUUUGUAUUGAGUUGUAGUGAAGUGAUAAAAUAAAUUAUGUGUUCUGUGUUG